UUGUAAAUUUUGUUUGAAAAAGGUUUUUUUGAAUUACUUUUUUUCCAAAUUCUUUCAAAGAGGAGAGUUUAUACAAGACUCUGAGGUUUUGGCAUGCCUCUCUUAGCCAGAGCGGUUGAUCAGGGAUACUUAGAGCCGAUGCAAGUUGAUUUGGUGUCUGAAGGACAGCCAAAUGUCGACAAUGAGUUUACAAUUGAAAAUUCAUCUCUGGAGCUUGACUAUUUCUCCUUGAAUUAUGCUGGAUUGCCGAAAAUUAAAAGGCUGCUUUUCAUAGCACAACACUGUCCAAGCCUGGAGCUUGAUGCACUAAGACUUGCUCAUGAUAGCGUUAAGCAAACAUUCAAUACAAAAAUAUACUCGCAAAUUAUUACCAAACUUGGUGAGGCCAGUUCCCGAGCUGGUGAGGCUGAAAAUAUUCAACUGGAUGUAAACUGGGUGGAAACUACAAAUAAAAAAGCAGCAGUUAAGCUUGAACAUCUGGACACUGACUUGAAGAAUCACAAAGCCAAUACAAUUAAAGAAAGCAUUAGGAGAGGCCAUGAUGACCUGGGUGACCAUCAUUUAGAUUGUGGGGAUUUAAACAAUGCACUUAAGUGCUAUUCAAGAUCUCGUGAUUACUGCUCUGUUCCAAAACACAUUGUGAACAUGUGCUGGAAUGUAAUUAAGGUUAGCACGCUGCUGAAUAACUGGGCGCACGUCUUGAAUUUUGUCAACAAGGCUGAGAGCUCGAUCGAACUAAUGGGUGAGCAACGUGAAAAACCAACCAAUCUUGUCAUGGCAACGAAGUUAAAAUGCGCUGCAGGGCUUGCCGAGUUAGCGCUGAAGAAAUACAAGUCAGCGGCGAAGCAUUUUUUGCAAGCUCAGUUUGAUCAUUUGGAACACGGAGAGCUGUUAUCUACACACGACGUAGCGGUGUUCGGAGGUCUCUGUGCCCUCGCAACCUUUGAUCGUCAGGAAUUGCGGACGAAAGUCCUUUCAAACAGUUCAUUCAAACUGUUUCUGGAGCUGGACCCUCAGAUCCGCGACGUUCUCCAUAAGUUCUACGAAUCUCAAUACGCGAGUUGCUUAAAGAUUCUAGAUGAUAUAAAGGACAAUUUCCGUCUGGAUCUAUAUUUAUCGUCGCACGUCAAUACGCUGUACAGUAAGAUACGUAAUCGUGCGCUUAUUCAGUAUUUUAGUCCGUAUGUCUCGGCCGAUAUGGGCAAAAUGGCAGAGAGCUUUAACACGACAAUUCCCGCCUUGGAAGAUGAACUCACGCAGUUAAUCUUGGACGAUCAGAUUCAAGCGAGAAUUGAUUCACAUAAUAAGAUUCUAUUUGCUCGUGAAGUGGAUCAAAGAAGCACAACAUUUGAAAAAGCAAUCAAAAUGGGAAAGGAAUAUGACAAACGUGCUAAGGCAUUGAUUAUAAGGGCCGCCGUCAUAAGCAAUCAGAUUUUUGUGAAGAGCCCGCCACGUGACAACAACGCGGUGGAUUCUGGGACGUCAAGGUAGCGGUCACGUGAGUAGAAUGAACCAAUCACAGGCAUUCUUCUGUAGAACUGUACCGAAUGUUGGUUAGCAGUGUAGCUGAACUGUGAAUCGAAAUAUUUUAUCGACAAGAACAUGAAAGAAAUAGUUUAUAAACAACAAGCAGUUUAAAACUGGAAAAAAAUUAUUUACUUGAAAGCAAUAAAUCUUGGUUUGUCGA